AUGAAGCUUGGGCUGACAUUUUUGGUGCUUUCGGGUUUAUCCGAUGCUCAGACGAAGAAAAGAGGAGGGAAAUUCAAGAAGAACAAACAGCAAAAGGAAGAAGCGGCUAGGCUGAAGAGAGAAAUAAAAGCGUUUGUUUUGGGUCAAUGCGUUACUGUGGCCCCUUCGAAGAGGGUUGACUGUGGUUAUGAAGGUAUCUCGAUUGAUCGGUGCCAAGCUCGAGGCUGCUGCUGGGACGACGGCGCAGGAAGCAACGUUCCUUGGUGUUUCCACGGCAAAAGUUCAAUGGAUAACGCUGUCGACUUGGCUCGUUUAGUGCCACAGAAGUCAACGUGUUCUGGAGACGCGAAACAGCGCAAAAACUGCGGCUGGAAUCGAAUAACGCCUCAAGAAUGCGAAUCGAUCGGUUGCUGCUUCGACGACUCAGUCCCUCGUGUUCCAUGGUGCUCAUACAAGCAGCCAGAUAAAAACCGACCAAUUUCGAAACUUACACCGAAAGUUGCUCCACUCUUUUGCGAGAAGCCGGACGUGGUCGGAAAGACGGGCUACAAUUACGCCUGUACAGAUGGAUUUAGGCAGGAUUCGACGUGCACAAUAACCUGCGCUAAUGGGCUCUCCGGAAUGGGACGAGCGUGGAAGAUCACGUGCGAAAGCCCGCAGAGAGGAUGGAUCGGCGAGACUCCAUCGUGUGACCCCGUGUUCAAACUGCCAAGCAAGACGGAACGCUCAAUGUCUCGCUCUGUGAAAGCCACUCUCAAGCUACAAGCGCUUAUUCGCCAUAGAUACAUAACCGCUUCGAAAUGCUACUUCCCGCCAUCGCCAGCGAACGGAAUCAGAACAUGCUCACGAGUUGCUUCCGUUUUCCCUGGAUCUGGUUAUGAUUAUCAGUACGUUUGCACAUUUGCAUGCGACGAAGGUUAUCAGUUACAAGGGGCACAGCAGCGCUCAUGUCCAAGCAAUUUCGGGAAUAAAGCAUCUUGGACGCACGCUUCUCCUAAAUGUGUCAAAUAUGCUCCUAAUACAGAAUCUCGCUGGUUUGAAAAGAAUGCUGGAUGCCCAGGACUCGAGCGGCCAGAUAGCCGAACGGAGAUCAAAUGCGAGCCCAGCCCUGUCUUUGGGAAGUUGAAUUGCGAGGCUUCUUGUCCCGCGGAGUUCUUACGAGUAGUAGGUGCUCCUCGCCUUUUCGAGUGCUCCAAGAAUCUCAAAGAUCCGCGCCCAAUUGUGCCAGUCUGUGCAUCUGGGUAUUGCAGCAAAUUCCCGAUGCCAGAGAAUGGGACUGUCAACUGCACGAGAUCCGAAAUGGACGGCUCGGUUUGUACCGUUUCAUGCAACGGCGGAUUCAAUUUGAUCGGCGAAAAACAAUACAGAUGCAACAGAGUCAAUUGGAUGCAGACUUCUAGCAACACAAAAAUGGAAAACGAGCCUCAGUGUGUAUACGAGGAACUCUUUUCUGAGGGCGAAUGUUCACUGCGGCGCUCUGCCACGACAAGAAUUUUUGGCGGGUCGGCAGCAUCCGAGAAGGAUUUCAUGAUCACAAUUCGAUACGGGGAGCAUUUCAAAUGUGGAGGUGUCAUGAUCGCUGAUCAGUGGGCUAUUACUGCAGCCCACUGCGUGCAAGGUGCAUUUGGACGUAUUCACGUUCACCACGACUCACGAAAUUCGAAAGACCUCGGCCCGGAAGUGUCUGUCGAGCGCAUUGUCACUCAUCCAAACUUUAAUCGGAGAUCGCAGCACGAUAUCGCGCUUAUCAAGCUUGUGGAGCCUCUCUCUUCAGCCGACAUCGUCUGUCUUCCUGAGCCGGAGUUCAACCUGCCUAACGGAGAAAUUGUACAAGCGUAUGGAUACGGAAAAACGUCAUCCUCUUCAGGAAGCCAUGCGACGGGACUCCAGAUGGGCCGAAUCGAGUACAUUCCGCCGAGCGAGUGUGGCUUUAUUAGAAAACGAUUCGACUAUGAGAAUUUAUUCUGCGGAAUGUCACCAGCUGACACAUGCGACGGCGAUUCUGGGGGGCCAGUUCUAUUCAGAAGUGGAUCAAGUUUCAAACUCGUCGGCAUUGUUUCCUCCGGAAUUUGCGAAAGUAAAAAUCCAGGAUUGUACGUGCGCGUGUCGAAAUUCAUCCCCUGGAUUCACGAGACGAUUUUCUCUCAGCAGUAA